AUGCCAAUCAAACCUAUUGGGUGGAUAUGUGGGCAGGUGUUGAAGAACUUUUCUGGAAAAAUUGAGGGGAUCCAGAAAGCAAUCAUGGACCUCAUAGAUGAGUUUAAAGAUGAAUUCCCUACCAUCCUAAGAUUAUCACAGUCUAAUCAGAAAAGAGAAUCCGUGCAGAAAACAUCUAAAAUCCGAAUGGCUAUUGCUUUAGCCAAGAUCAAUCGGGGAACAUUAAUUCAAGGAUUAAACAGCAUAUCCAGAUCCUCCAAAUCAGUGGCCAAACUAAUGCAGCCUCAGCUUGUAUGUAGACUUUUGGAGUUAAGGGACAUAUCUCAUCGUCUACUGAGGGAAGUUAAUGAACCAAGACAACCCCUAUAUAACAUGCAGGCCAGAAAGGGUUCUUUGUUUGAAAUCAUUUCCUUUCCAGCAAAGACUGCUUUAACUAGCAUAAUGUAUGCUUCAUAUGCAGUGCUAAUUUAUUUGGCAGUCUGUGUUAAUGCUGUGCUGGAGAAGAUAAAGAACAUUUUCCAAGAAGAAGAAUCCAUAAGACAAAACAUAGAAGACAGUAAAAAUUUUAGAAAAGCCUUGUCUGAACCCAUGCUUUUGGAGCCUAUAUUUCCUGAAGAUGAAAUCAAAGCAAAACCUUACAGGUCAUUGCCAGAGAAGCCAGACAAUAUUUCACAUCACCCCAAGAUUUCUGCUAAUAAGCAGAGUAACAAGAUCCAGGUUUUACAUUCUGUGUUUGACUAAUCAACUGACAUGAAUGAAUGAGAAAAUCUGAACACGGAUAUCACAGAACAGAACUUAAGAGUUAUCUAAUGGCACAUUUCAUUGACAAACCUAGGAGACUAGUUUACAUAUACUAAAUGCUCUGCUUUAAAAAAAAGGGGGCAGGGGGAACUACUACUAAAAUGUCAUUCUCUAGUAUACGUAUGGUAGAGAAAAUAAAAUGAACAUUGAUGUAGAAUAUAUGUACGCCUCAGAUUUUUUUUGACUAUAAGAUAUUUUUAAUAAACAAGAAAAUUCACACUUUUAUGGUUUAGACUUUACACUGUGGUUUAUAAUAUGGGCAUAUUUAUAGGACAUUUAUGUUUUUAUUAAAGACUUGUUUCAAGUGUUUAUCUGGGACCAAAAAACAACAAAACAACACACACACACCAAAAUGCCACAUAUCCUCUUAUUAUCUCUGAAAACGAUAUUUGAUAUUCUAUCUGCAGGCUGCAGAUUUUCAGUCUGCCUAUUAUUAAUUUUUUUAUAACUCAUCUGCAAAGUUAUAAAGGACUUGCAAUUCAUAGAUGCUAUAAAUUCAUAAAACAAAAUAUUACUUACAAAUUUGCUAAGACGUCU